GAAGCCCCUCCAUCAUCUCCAAGUGGCCUGUCCCCAGGUGGGCUGUUUGCCCCCAACAUCCCCCCAAUGACCAAUGGACCAAUCAGCCACAGCUCACCCCACCUGGCCAGGCGACAGAUGCAGCAGCUACAACAGGCACUACCACCACCACCUCCGGACCUUCACCAGCCCAGUGACUUCUUCCACAGCUACCCGCCUCUACCACCCCCACCCCAGACGUCAUUAUCACAACAGCAGCAUUUACGUUUUAACAAUUACUGAUG